UUAAUACUCUACUGUAUGAGCAUGCGCAAUGACGUCAACGCCGCCAUGUUGCCCUGUCAUGUCAGCUUCCAGUGACACGCAUGACUGGAAAGACUGACUGGAAGGACGAGAAAAUGUCACAGCGUAACUGAAUAACCGCGCUAGGUUUUUGACACACAUGAGUUUUCACUUGGUCUUCGCCGACACUCACAGUAGAGGUUGAAGUGCACAGAAUUCGCGAAGGGGGGCGACAUGUUUAGAAAGAACAAAAGCAUUAAGUAUAUCCUAAGUCUUGUACCAGGGAAACGACGCUUCGGAAUUUAUCGGUUUUUGCCCAUUUUCUUCUGCAUCGGCGGUGUUAUGGAGUGGGUCAUGAUAAACGUGCGAAUAGGACGAGAGACAUUCUAUGAUGUCUACAGGAGAAAACGCUCUGAGAGGGAUUACCAACAGAAAAUUGAGGAUGGAAUAAUUGUACUUCCUGAAUCAGAACCAAAAUAAACUUUUUUCUCGGGGGGUGUGAUAUGAGAUGUGAUAAGACCUUUGCCAAGUGGAUUUAAGAGUUUUAAAAGUGACUUUAUAUUUAAACUGAAGUGUACCUUUUUCCCAAAUGAAGGUAACAGAUCAAGAAAGGCCAAGGGAAUGAAAAGGGUUUUUUUUUCAAUGUGUAUUUAUUAAUUACAAAAUCUGAUUAUUAGAACACAUCACUUGUCAUAAUCACUUUUAACAUUUUGCCAUCUUUGUGAUUAAUAAUUUCACCAAAUUCAUGAAAUGAACAUUUUGCCUUGCACUAAUUUUUACCUGUGCUAUUCUUACAGUUUAUUUUUCCAUGCACCACAUGCUUUUAAAAU